AUUGUGGCUGGAAUAAUCAUGACCUUGCUCUUCCUGUCGGAGCUGCAUGACUACCUCACCCCGAAGAUUGCAGAAGACCUGUUUGUGGACACUACAAGAGGAAGUAAACUCAGAAUCAAUUUAGAUAUUAUCUUCCCAAGUAUUCCCUGUAACAUGUUGAGUCUGGAUGCCAUGGACUUAAGUGGAGAACAACAUGUGAAUAUUCACCACAACAUAUAUAAAAGGAAACUUGACCUAGAGGGCCGCCCUAUUCAAGAUCCAGUGAGACAAGAACAAAUUGGCCAUGGGACAGAAGAAGAAUUGAAUGCUGGUACUAACAAAACCGAAACAACAACUGCAGCUCCUAAGUGUGGAAGUUGUUAUGGAGCUGAGUCAGAAAAAGACCAAUGCUGCAACACUUGUGAAGAUGUCAAGGAUGCAUACCGCACUAAGGGUUGGGCCUUACCACCCCUCAAAAACAUUAAUCAGUGUGUUAAAGAGGGCAAGCUUGUAGAAUCAACAGACCUUCCUGAAGAAGGAUGUCAAAUAUAUGGCUAUUUAGAAGUAAAUAGGGUUGGUGGUAAUUUCCAUUUUGCUCCAGGAAAAUCAUUCCAGCAUAAUCACUUACACAUUCACGAUGUGCAGCAGUACCGAACAGCAGAUUUUGACCUCUCCCAUCGCAUCCGACACCUGAGCUUUGGUGUUAACAUCCCUGGAAAAACAAAUCCUAUUGAUGGUACUGAAUUUAAGACUGAGAAGGGACCCAAAACAAUUAAUUAUUACAUUAAAAUUGUCCCUACUACAUAUGAAAAAGUUGAUGGCUCAACCCUUUCCACUAACCAGUUUUCGGUCACUCAGCAUCAGAAGAACAUUCAGUUGGGGAUGGGUGAAACAGGCCUUCCAGGAGUCUUCUUCACCUAUGAGCUAUCACCUAUGAUGGUCAAGUAUACAGAGAAGCACAAAUCCUUGGGUCACUUUCUUACUGGAGUCUGUGCAGUCAUUGGUGGGGUUUUCACUGUAGCAGGAAUUCUUGAUUCAAUCAUAUAUUAUUCUCCACGUGCACUCCAACGUAAAAUUGAAAUAGGAAAAUCAUCAUAGAACAAAAAAUAUUUUAGGUUUUGUAUGUAGAUACAUAGUAUUUUUUAUUACCUUGCAAUCAAUAAUUGCAAUAUAUGUUGAUGUAUAAAUUUUUUUUUGUAAUCUAUAUUUUAGCAGAACCUUGCUAACUUAAAUUGUUGAAUUUUUGUUACAUAGUAUUUUAAUUUUUAUGUAAUGUAAAAACUCUUUUCUCAUUUUGCAUUAAAUAACUUUUUGGUGAAAUAAACAUUUUAAAUGUUUAAUUGCAAAAAUUCAGCUGUACUGUGAAGAGCACAGUAUUUUCUGAUAAAUAUUUAUUUGUUUAGGAUAAUGCUAAUGUUACUUUCAUGGGGCGAGGAAACAUUUGCCCGGAGAAGAUAGGAAAAUAUUGUAGGAAAAGAGUGUUAAAUAAUUCAAAGUGACAUCUAUCCUUUCACACUACCUUCCACUUUCAGUGCAUCAAAGAUAACUAUUACUAAAAUACUACAAUUUAUGUACCCCAGUAUCUCUCUGACUUCUUCAGCUAGGUGUAAGGUACUUCCAUGUGAGGUGUUACAAAAAAAAGUCAUUCCUUCCUCCAAACCAUCUACUGUUGUUCAGCUUUGUUUGUGUGAUUUAUGUCUAGUUCACAACCAUAUCACUUUUUUUCACAUCCAGUAUCACAGCUCACACUUUCAUAAACACUCAUAAUCAUAACACAACCUCAGUCUUAUGAAUCACAAGCCUUUGCAAUUCAUAUAUUUCCAUAACAUCUGUACACUUCUUAAUCUCUCCACUUAACAUUGCUAGUGUUAUGCAGUGUUAAUUUCUACUGCUCCAAGUCUCAAUUAUUUCUGCUUAUGAUGCUAGCAUCUUGCAUUCAUAUUUAAGCAUUAGAACAACUUACCCUUGAAAUUUUUAUAAUGGCUGGGGCUGUCCACCCUUAAUCUUAUUUUCUACAUCUUAUGACUUCAUUGAUUAAAAAAAACCUGCAUAACUGUUUAAUAUUAUCUAAUCCAUUAUCAGUAAUUUUAAUGACUGUGUUACUGAUUUUUUACCAGUGUCUUUUAAAUGGUUAUGUAGUUUCUUAAAUUGAGAGCAGGAAGGUUUCUAUCAUAUACUCAGGCUACUAGCAUUUGCAUACAUUGAACUUAAUAACAUAGUCCCAUCACUAUCACAAGAAAUUUACUAAAUUGGAACAACUCUGGCAUAGUUCUAACAAUAUAAAACACUCAGCACCUGCCUGGCAGGUGAAAUACACAUUACAUUACUGUUUUGUUAUAUGCAUAGACAAGUAUUAGUCCUGUAAGGAUUAUGCAGUGUUUGGAGAAUGGGAGGUAAUCAGGUUUGAUCCAAGGAAAGGGAUAGUAGCUCCAUUUCCUUGGAUCAGAAGACCAUCGUUACAUCACCUCCUUCGAAGGGUGUGAAAAAUAUUGAUCUAAUUAAAAGUUAUUAAAGCAAGUAAGGUAACUAUUUUACAAAGUAUUGGAAGGGGUAAGGUAAUAAUAUUAUGUUAAGAUAAGAACAGGGAGGGAAAGAAAAAAGAGGGAAUUAAAUGUGCAUGAAGAGAUUAGUUUAGGUGAAGUAAGUAAAACAAGGCAGUCUCAAGUCUUGUAUGAGGAUGUUUUGCAUAUUAAUUACUUUUAAAAAUGUAGCAAAUACAUGAUAUUUGUACUCCCUUUACAUAUCCAGAAAAGGCUUUCAUCUUUUUCAUUUCUCACACCAACGUUUUAAAUAUACUGACUCAAUCAAAACUUCUUACCUUAACAUUUAGAAAAACUUGUUAGUAAGUGUACUGUACAGAAACAAGUGUUUGAGCAAAUUAAAUCACUGCAUUCAAAUAUGUCCAUAUUGUAGGAAGUACAAUAAUGUACAUACAUUAUUCAGAAACAAAAAAUAUUUAGUUAAAUUAUGUUGUUUGUAACUGAACAUCUAAGACACUGAGAUAACCCAUUUACCCAACAUAGGUAAAUCAGUGUAAUGCUAAAGAUAAUUUUUGCACUUCACAAAUAACUUGCACUUAUAGAGGAAACUUUAAACAUUUUGGUCUAUCCUGGAUCAUUAUCAAGUUGAAGUUCAACAAAAAAAAUCAGAUGACAGGUUGGGAAGAGACAGUGGGGGUAGGAAAAAGAGAAAAAGGAAGUUAGAAGAAAGUCACAAGACAAGAAAGCAGAGGAACAACAGAAGACAGAAGGUUAAGGAAAAAACAAGACAGGUCAAGAGAAAAGGUGAGAAGACAGAGGUCAUGUCAUGGCAAAAUUGUUUGGAAAAUUAAAGGAUUUGACAAUAUAUUGAGAAAAACAGGCAUCUAAAGAAAAUUUAAAGUUGAGUGGGAAUAAGACUCAUUGCUUCCUUUUUCUUUUUUUUGUCUUCUGCUCUGUGAAAUUUUUUUUCCCCAUUUAUAUCUCAAGCCUAUGCACAGGCUCAUUUUUUCAAUACUUUGAUAAAACUGGCCGUGCACUUUCUGAUGGAAUUAAAAAAGCACAAUAAAAAUUUCCAACUUGCUAACACUAACAGUACUCUUUUCUUCCAUCUUAGAAACUUGCUUUUUCUGUCAUUGUAGAAAUCCUAACCAUCCUAUAAAUUGGUCUCUCUUCUAAAACUGUCUACCCUUCUGAAGCCUUCAUAGAUACCGUCUUAUUGAAUCAAACCUUAAAACAUUUCUUGGUCCCACCUUUGUUUUUGAAAAUGCCUGCAUUUCUCAGUGCACUGUCAAAUGCAUUGGAGAGAGAGAAAAAGAAGAGAGAUUAAAAGAAUGAUGAGGGAAUGCCAAAGAUUAUCCAAGAGAAUAGGUGAGGUGAGGAUCAGUAAAUUUUACUGAGAAUAACAAACAGUUUUGAAGGGAUUACAAUAAGUUGAAAGGUACAAUACCAUGACUGGAACAAGACACAUUUAACUCACACAUAGGAGACUGAAACUUAUGAUGACAUUUUUGUCUGAAAUUGGACCAUUAAGUAAUCACUCAGAAGUGCAAAGGGAAGGUAGCCAAUAUAUACAUGAGAUGGGGCAGGACUGGGAGUAGUAGAAUGAGAGGAGGUAAUAGUAAUAUAGAAGUGGCAAUAAUAAGGUAGUAGUGGUAGUGGUAAUGAAAUCUAGGGUCAGAGAGCGGAGUGUUACCAAAGCAAUAGUAGUAGUAGUAAUAGUGGAGGUAGUAUAAGAACUAAAGAAAACAAGAAAAGAGCACUGCAGGAGAGCUAAUGGCCCAUGAAGGUAGGACAAAACCCAGGGAAGAAAAAAAAACCAUAGGACAGAACCCACCUAUGCAGAAGAAAGGAAGAGCAAAGAAAAUAUAGAAAAGGAGAAGAGGUAAGAAAAGGAGAGGAGAUAAAGAUGAGGUCAAGUGUUCUGAAGUUUGGAGCAUUUGGCAAUGGAAUGAGAAAGCAUGGCAUCUACAAAGACACAGCCAGGAAACAGUUUUUGUGGAUAGUGUCUCAAGUUAGGGUAUGCAUGAGGGAAGGUGGACAAUUUUCUAUUGAAAAUAGGAUUUAGGCAGGGAUGUGUGAUGUCACUACAGUUGUUUAGUAUAUUUGUAAAUAAGAUUGUAAGUGAGUUGAGUUCUUAGGAUGGUUAUGUAGAGGUGUAGAAUUAAAAAAUGUUGAAUCUGAUACAGAGUGAGAGUUGUCACAUUUGCUUUGCCGAUGACACAUUUCUUUUAGAAGAUUCUAAAGACGAGUUACAAAGAUUAUUGCAAGAAUUUGGAAGGAUAUUUAAAAGUAUGAAAUUAAAAGUGAUCAUUAAAAAAAGCAAAAUGAUAAGGGGUAAUUGGAAGAAAGGAAAUAUAGAAAAGUGGAUGAAUUUAGAUAUUUGGGUCCAUGAAAGACAAGGUAAACCAUAGAAUAGAAGGGUAGGAGGAAAGGUGGGUGGUGUGUUGAGGCAUCUGUGGUAGGAAAGAAGUUUUUUCUAUAGGAGCAAAAAAAAAAAAAGUAUACACUAUAUAAAAGUGGUAAAAAUUAAGAACUCUAUAAGAUUAUCAUUUAGUAAAAUAUUUAUUUUUUUUAUUUUUUAUUAUCACACUGGCCGAUUCCCACCAAGGCAGGGUGGCCCGAAAACGAAAAACUUUCACCAUCAUUCACUCCAUCACUGUCUUGCCAGAAGGGUGCUUUACACUACAGUUUUUAAACUGCAACAUUAACACCCCUCCUUCAGAGUGCAGGCACUGUACUUCCCAUCUCCAGGACUCAAGUCCGGCCUGCCGGUUUCCCUGAACCCCUUCAUAAAUGUUACUUUGCUCACACUCCAACAGCACGUCAAGUAUUAAAAACCAUUUGUCUCCAUUCACUCCUAUCAAACACGCUCAUGCAUGCCUGCUGGAAGUCCAAGCCCCUCGCACACAAAACCUCCUUUACCCCCUCUCUCCAACCUUUCCUAGGCCGACCCCUACCCCGCCU